UAAAUUGCGACACAAGUAAACUUCGUGCUCUGUUUUUAAGUGUGACCUAAUAGUUGAAAGGGAGUACACGAAUAAGAUAGUUUUGAUUUAUUUUCACUCAAGUACAUCAGAAAAUGGGAGGUAGUAAAAGAGACAAAAGAGACAGAGAUGAGAGAAAAUCAAAAAAGUAUAGAUCUGAGGUUGAUUUAGACAGCUAUGAUGUGGAUGAAGACAGCCAAGAUGUUGACAAUACUACAGAUAUACCGGAUGCUGCAACAAUGCAUGUAUCAGAGUCUACAACUACUGAAGAUGAAUUUGGGGCCAAAGAUUAUCGUAAGAUUCUAGACCUAAAACUUGACCAUGCUUCCAGACCUAUUUGGGUGGCACCAGAUGGUCAUAUAUUUUUAGAAGCGUUCUCACCUGUGUAUAAGCAUGCCCAUGAUUUCCUUAUUGCCAUAUCCGAGCCCGUGUGUAGACCUAGUCAUAUUCAUGAGUACAAAUUAACUGCAUAUUCAUUAUAUGCAGCUGUGUCAGUUGGUCUAGAAACAAAGGAUAUCAUAGAGUAUCUGCGGAGAUUGUGUAAAACAACAUUACCCAUAGGCAUAGAGGAAUUUAUCAAGUUGUGUACAUUGAGCUAUGGGAAAGUGAAGUUGGUGCUUAAACAUAAUAAAUAUUACGUGGAAAGUCAGCAUGCGGAGGUUGUACAGAAGUUGUUGAAGGAUCCGGUUAUACAGGAGUGUAGGUACCGCCCAGAGGUAGAGGAGGGGGAGAAUGUAGAGGUGAUACAAGAGAGUGUGACUAAACCUACAACAAUACAGUUUAACAAACCAGUCACAAAUGGUGCUGCCCCUGGCAUGAGUACAAGCAACAAUGCCGCUGCAGGACCAUCGGGUGAUGAUGGUGCCAAAACGUCUACGGAGGAGGCAGUCCCGUCAGAUAUAUUUGAUUAUUAUGACAAGAUGGAUAAUGAGGAGGAAGAUGGGGAAGAUCUAAGAACUGUCUCGUUUGAGGUGAAACAAGAUAGAAUAGAAGAUAUACAGAAAAGAUGUAUAGAGUUAGAGUACCCUCUGCUGGCAGAGUAUGACUUUAGAAAUGACACUCAUAAUCCAGAUAUCAACAUAGAUUUAAAACCUUCAACAGUUCUUAGACCGUAUCAGGAGAAGAGUUUACGUAAGAUGUUUGGUAAUGGGCGUGCUAGGUCAGGUGUUAUAGUGUUACCUUGUGGUGCGGGGAAGACUUUAGUCGGUGUGACAGCAGCGUGUACUGUCAGGAAAAGGUGUUUAUGUCUUGCUACAUCAGGUGUGGCAGUUGAACAAUGGAGAUCUCAGUUUAAAAUGUGGUGUACAGCAGACGACAGUAUGAUCUGCAGAUUUACAUCUGAUGCUAAAGAUAAACCUAUUGGUUGCUCUAUAUGUAUCAGCACAUACUCUAUGUUAGCACAUACGAUGAAGAGAUCAUGGGAGGCAGAAAAAGUCAUGGAAUGGAUGCAAAGUCAGGAAUGGGGACUGAUGGUACUUGAUGAAGUACAGACAAUACCUGCAAAGAUGUUCAGACGAGUGUUGACAAUCGUGAAUGCCCACUGUAAACUUGGUCUCACUGCCACUCUGGUACGCGAGGAUGAUAAAAUUGCUGAUCUCAACUUUCUGAUUGGUCCAAAACUUUACGAAGCAAACUGGAUGGAACUACAAAAUCUUGGUUUUAUAGCUAGAGUGCAAUGUGCUGAGGUAUGGUGUCCGAUGACACCAGAGUUUUAUAGAGAGUAUCUCACAACAAAACAACAAAGGAAAUUGUUGCUGUAUGCGAUGAACCCAAACAAAUUCCAAGCCUGUCAGUAUUUGAUACGUUACCAUGAGCGACGAAAUGAUAAAAUCAUUGUAUUCUCCGAUAAUGUAUUUGCUCUGAAAAACUAUGCCAUCAAACUAAACAAACCUUAUUUAUAUGGACCAACAUCACAAGGGGAGAGAUUACAAAUUCUACAAAACUUCCAACAUAAUCCUAAAGUCAACACUAUUUUUGUCUCAAAGGUGGCUGACACAUCAUUUGACCUACCAGAAGCUAAUGUACUCAUACAGAUAUCAGCUCAUGGUGGCUCUCGUAGACAAGAAGCUCAGAGAUUAGGAAGAAUUCUAAGAGCAAAGAAAGGUGCUGUAGCUGAGGAGUAUAAUGCAUUUUUCUAUUCUCUUGUGUCACAAGAUACAAUGGAGAUGCAAUAUUCACUGAAGAGACAGAGAUUUCUCAUUAACCAGGGUUACAGUUAUAAGGUCAUCACAAAACUAGCUGGCAUGGAGGAGGAGGAACUGGCAUUUACUACAAAGGAAGAACAAGCACAGUUGUUACAGAAAGUGAUUGCAGCUUCUGAUCAGGAUGCUGAAGAAGAAAGAAUUAUAGGAGAAAGUAUUGGUGGGAAGUCUAUCAUGGGACGAAAAGUUGGGAGCAUGAGUUCCAUGUCAGGAGCAGACGAUAAUGUAUAUAUGGAACUUUCUAAAAAAUCCUCCAACAAGCAUUCACAUCCAUUGUUUAAAAAAUUCAGAAAAUGAGAAAGUGUU